GCAGUCGACCAAGGGGCGUUGAAUGGUCCGCCAUAUUGGCUGCAGAGAAGGGAAUAGACGACGAUAGUAUUGGCUGUCAUCGGCCUAAAUCGUAAUCAUCUGCGUUUGUGGUGUUAAUUUUCCGUUUGAACUGUGUUUGCUGAGCUUUUUAGUAGGCACUAGAUAAUUAUUGUUUCCCAAAAUAAUCUCUUAUUGGGACAUCUAGGCAUUUGUUUACAAGCGUCUGCCAAGCGGAAGAGCAAAGAAAAUGGGCACUAAGGAUGAUGAAUAUGACUAUCUUUUCAAAGUUGUCCUGAUUGGAGAUUCAGGUGUUGGAAAGAGUAAUCUACUGUCCAGAUUCACCAGGAAUGAGUUCAACUUGGAGAGCAAGAGCACAAUAGGAGUAGAGUUUGCCACAAGGAGUAUACAGGUUGAUGGCAAGACAAUUAAAGCACAAAUCUGGGACACUGCUGGGCAGGAGAGGUAUAGAGCCAUCACUAGUGCAUAUUACCGAGGAGCAGUUGGCGCCCUGCUAGUAUAUGAUAUUGCCAAACAUUUGACAUAUGAAAACGUGGAGAGGUGGCUGAAGGAACUAAGGGAUCAUGCAGACCAAAACAUAGUCAUAAUGCUGGUGGGGAACAAGAGUGACUUGAGACAUUUACGUGCUGUACCCACAGACGAGGCCAAGGCAUUUGCAGAAAAAAAUAACCUAUCCUUCAUAGAAACAUCAGCGUUAGAUUCCACAAAUGUUGAAGCAGCAUUUCACAACAUUCUUACAGAGAUUUACAAAAUAGUUUCUCAGAAGCAAAUCCGUGAUAGUCCUGACGACGAAAACUCGCCUAGUAGCAAUGUACAGACAAUUACCGUUGCGCCCACAGAUAAUUCCGCGGGAACCAAGAAACAAUGUUGUAACGUCUAGGCUCAAAUUACUGUCAACUUAAAGCUACAUGAGUUGGGAGGGAAGAAGAGUUACGGAAGAAUUGGAACAUGUCUUGUGCAGUUGGGGCCGUGUUCCCAGUGGAACACUAAAAACAAGGGCCACUGGAAGAGGUGGUUGCAAUGAUACGUUUUUGUACAUUCAUGUGUUAGCCAUUUGUGUUAUGGUCCGAAUCGGGAGAAUGAGUUUUUAAGUCCAUUAGCAGACCAUUGGUGCAUCACUGUCGUUCAUAUCUGAUAUUGAAAUUGUCCAUCGAUCUCUUAAUUAUUUUUUUUUUCAAGUUUUGAAUGAAUGUAAUUCAGAAAUCGAUAAUUGGAUAAUACUGUUCUCCUGCCACGAUAGUAUGGUUGUUCAGUGUAUGUUAAACUCAUGCAGGCUACUAAUUCUCACUAGGGUUCGGGUUUUGGACGAGGCAUCUUUUAAAUACUGUAAUGUGAUUUACAGAAUUGAUUAAUACAGGAAAAAAACACUGCAAUGCAGUGUGUCAAUGAUAUUUAUGCUGAGGUCGUGGUGACCUGUUGGAUAUCUGUCAUCCCUAUUUGUGAUUUGCCCUUGCAUUGCUUGAUUGAUUACUGCGUCACUUGUAAGAUGCUACCAUGAUUACUGGCAGGUUACGUCCAACUACAGUGAAACAUUUGGAGAAGGCAAGUUAUUACUUGUAUUUCAACUUUGGUGAUUACUCGUGUCAAACCAAUGGAAUCACUUGCAGAAUAGCUUCCUCAUCACUUGCAGCAUACCUCUGUGAUCGCUGACAUAUUGUAAGAUAUCUUUGUGAUCACUCUUAGGAUGCUGCCAUGAUCACUUUUGCAGUACGCCUCUUUGAUCACAAGGGUAUUGUGUGAUACCUCCGUGAUCUCUUGUAGGAUGCCUCCGUGAUCAGUUGUAGGAUACCUCCAUGAUCACUUGUAGGAUACCGUCAGUUUUCCCAUGGUAGUGAUUAAUGUUUACAUUCCACCUCGUGCUAUCCAUGGCAGAUUGCUGCUAGUGAAAUAGUUCAUGAUCGAGCGAGUUCCUUGUACGUCUUUGCAUGCCUGAAGUGCUGUUAUGUAGUGGAAUGAUGUUGACUUCUACCAUGCAUGAUUCCUUAAGUGGGAACCCUUGCCAACAUAACACUUGUUAUCUGAUAACUCACCGAAUAAGGAGCGACCAACUAGAAUACCCCUUAUCCAGUAAUUUCCCUGCCAGCACCAACAGAUUUGAUCAUACAGUACGCAAGUUUGUUCCAAACCAAUGAGUUAAAUUUGGUAGUCUACCUUGCAAAUCUCUCCCCCUCUUUCAGAAAUACACUUGCUGGCCAGCUGAAAUAAUGCUCAGUUGGGUGUGCAACAGUUUUUAUGAGUUAUCUCCCUUUGGUAUGGUUUCCAGUUAAGGUUCUUGUAUGGCUGUUCAGGUUAUUAUGUGUUAUGAAUGGACUGAGUGGAAACAGCUGUGUACAUACACAUUGACACACACACACACAACCUUGGUUGCCUCCCACAAACUUCAAUGGUUUGUCUUUCUUUGUUUCGCGGUAUAAAGCUUAGAACACCACUGUUGGUUUGUUAGAAUUUCAUUAAAGAUGACAUGAUUUAAAUCUUAGAAUUGUUAAGGUACAAUAUUUGUUAUUGUUGAUUAUGCAAAUCUUGUUAGUGGCAAAGGCAUGAAAAGUUGACAUAUAUUUUUGUGUAAUUCAUUUUGCUGACUUGUUACCAUGUAAUGAUGUAUAGAAUGUCCCUGGUAAAGCUCUUCCAUGUGGAAGAAUACAUUGGUUUAGAUGAUUUGAUAUAUAAAACUUAGGACUAGAAGGACAUGUUGCUUAGAGAAGGCUAUUUGCUACCUCUUCAACAAGAUGGUUUUGGAACCAAGACUGAGUGGAGUGGUAGAAGGCUGUGACAACAGAGCACCCAGUCCUUCACCAUCAACAUGAUUCCAGUCAGAAUGACGGAACUGAACACAUAAAAAUUCACGUGCCUGAGUCCUAGUCCAAGUCUCACUAAACUAUGAAAUUGGUUGGUUCUUUGUUCUAGGGAUCUAUAGCAUGGUCAUUCAUAAAGUUCUUUAUUGUACCGCCAAACUCCAUCAGCACCCAAUUGCUACUAAAUCACCGUUCUGUGUCAACAGUGACAUUUGACUCAUCCAAAACAACCAUCAGCACAUCAUUUCAAGCUUAAGCUGUCUUGACUGUUGAAAAACCUCUUUUACAGAGUCUGACUUUGCCUGUACAGUUUGGUGUAGUAUGGGUCAAAUGAAGAAGACUGCCUCUUUUCGAUAUAUAUUUUUCAGUGUUCUGGAGUGUUCUAGCACUGCUUGUCUCGGCCUUUGAUAUUGUUUCAGUCUUGAUCUGUUCAACUUUGAUGGGUGUUUUUAGCUCAAAUGGAUGUGAUUAUGUGACCAGAUUCAGUUUAGAAGAACUUGCUUGCCAAAGUUGGUUGAUGUGGCAAACCGAGAAAGACAUUUAGGAACGAAUAUGGAAUAAUUAACAAAGCUCCUUUUAUUGUUAUUGAAGCAGAAUAGCCAUUGCCAAAAUUGAGCUAAAAAUGCUGGGUUGUCUCCCCAUAAAUCCUCUUAAGAUCCAAAAAACCACCACACUAAGCCCUAACAGUGCACAAUGUGUCACCAGACAGACUGAACCCAAAUAAAUGUUGCUUUAUGUAUAUGAUAUCUGUGAUGAAUUUUUUGUAGCUGACACUUCAGUGUGCCCUGAAGGAAGGGCAGUUCUCCUUCCGUGAAUGAAUUGUCAUGAAAAUCUUUCUGUACAAAGCUACUACAUGUCUGUAACACACUUGUCGUUUUGUCACAACACAAAAUUCCAUUUGUUACUUUCCCUGCUGUUGGUGUUGCCAGAGAUUUCAACCUGAUGAUUAUGACCAUCUCCACAGUCUUUACUAAGCAAGGCAAUACAAUCCUUAGGAGCUGAGGCUGUUGAUCCCACUGCUAAGCUAGUUUUGACAUGCGAUCCAGCUGGUUAAUGUGAGAGAUCGAUUUUUACCAGCUUGUUACAGGAGCCUAAACAAUGGCUGUGGUAGUGGACUUGUCAGUCCUGUUCUGUUUGUUUAAGAAUCAGUGUUGCAUUAUGUAUAUUAUAAGACUUCAGUUGGGAUUGGGGAAAAUAUGCCUUUGACUAUCAAAACAAGUGAGAUAUUGUGUAUCCAGUUACUUGAAACCUGGCCAUUUCUUGUACAGACUUUAUUUAAAUUCAGUGCACUCCAAAGCGAUAUGUUGGCAUGUAAUCAAUGUAUUUAUGAAAUGAUUCUGAAUUGGUUUUGUACACAAGAUGCUAAAGUAUCACAUCAUUUUGUAUCUUAAUUAGGAAGUUUGUUUUGUAGGGUUAAACAAUAACCAGACAGAAUAGUGUUCUGUCAGAUUUUAGAUCAUCCUCGAAAUGCUGUAAUUUUCCUUCCCAUUACACAAUUUAGUGUGGAAUACUUUGGGAGAUAAAGUAGAAGAUACUGAGCCUAUUGUGGAAUACUCUGAGGCCUACUGUCUAUGUACAGAUCUAUUCUAGCAUGUAUGUACACUGUAGCUUGCUGCUCUGCUCCAUACAAUUGUAAAUCAUGCCUCUUUCAUAUGGCCAGGUCUACUGCCUGUAAACUAUAUAUAAUAUACAUAUAUAAUUUCUAUCUUGCUAUGUAAAAUUUUGUGUAUUAAUAAAGAGCAAAUGAACAUAU